GCCCACGAUCAAAUCAGGGCCAUGCUGGACCAGUUGAUGGGAACUGGACGCAAUGGCGAAAACAGCAAGUUCCAGGUGAAGUUCUCGGACAGUAAAGUAUGCAAGAGUUUUCUCCUGGGUUGCUGCCCUCACGAAAUUCUCUGCUCGACGGUGAGUAUUUCAUGUUCCAAAUGGUGCCAUGGGGUUUAUUCGACGGACUUUUUUUGGAAAUCAGAGAAAUGUUUUAAAAGACUGCACAAUUCAAUUUGAUCACGACUUUCUGCAGUGCUUGCAGGGAUAUGGGUUGAGUUGUCAUGAUGCUCACACAAUUCACAUAAAUCUGUGUACGUAUAUCUAAAUCAAGUGUGUGCAAAUCUUUGCUGCAAUGCCUUUAAAAAUAAUAAUUUUUUCAACAAAAGACUAAUUAAAUUAAAAAUAAAAAAAUUAAAAAUGGGGCAUUUGGCAAAGUGCGCACACUGUUUUUGCUCGAAAAUUGAUAUUGGAAAAUGCACAAGAAAGAAUUCCUCGUAUUGGUGCGUAUCCAGCAAAAUGCUCAAUUUUUUCUCUAUCUCUCUCUCCUUUUGAAGAGUCAACCUCUUGACAAAUUUUGGUGACAGAGAGCAAUCAAUCUUUUGAUCAAUUAUGUUUCUUGUGUGCUGUCAGUUGGGUGAGUUUUUCUUUUCCAUGUAUUGUUUUUAUAGGGAUUUGUUCAUUAAACAUAAAUUAAUUGGUUUGGUAAGUACCAAAAGCGCCCCUUCGAAAGCAAACGAACCCCCCAUCCAUUCCCGAUAUCCGUUUAAGAGAGCAAAAUUUGGUAAGUAAAACAUAAUAACAUGAGAUAGCGAAACGAGCCAAUGAUACAAAGCUAAAGAGAAACGUACGUAAAUUUAAAAUAAAUAAAUGCCGAUCGAUUGAUUUCUGUAAGUAAACUCUUGAAAGUAUGGCGGUGCAUGUCACUAUGAAUAUUAGGUUGUAAUCAGAGCCAACUACUUGUUGCCAAGACCUCUCUCUAUCACCGUGAGUAAUUCUGAUUAAUUCCUUCAGACAGGGUGUUUAUGUAGCAAAAUAAUAAUAAUUUAACAUUAAACUUCUCUGACGACUCGUAAAAUCACGCUACCUUUUGGUGCCCUUGGUCCAAAUAAUUACCGACGUAGGAUUUAUUUUAUUUAAUGUUUGAUCAAUCCGCGGCAAUUUAAAAAUUGCUUCAUUCUAUAUUUAUGAAUUUUAUUUUAGUUUAAACCGGUUUAAACAGUCUAUCAUUUCUUUCUUCUUAUUGAAAUUGAAUAAAAUAAAAUGCAUUAUUAAUUAAUACAUAAAAUUUUUCUGACCAUAAAAAAACAUUGUUUAGUGAUAUUUUUCAUGAGUUAUUUUUUUAAUUAAAAAAUAAUAUAUAUUUGCUCCAAGGGUGCCAUGAAAGGUCAGCGAACUUUGUAACACCUGAAUGAUUAUUAUUCUACUGAUUGGGAAAGGCUCUGAAAUUUCGGAUAGUGUAGGUGGGGCGAGAGACAACCUCUAUAACGCUGCACACCAUCCCUCAUUCGGUUGACAACUGCCGAGAUGCGCCAAUUUGAGUCUUCAAUGUCAGAUGAUGUUGGCUCGCAUGGACCUUGGUGAAUGCCCGAAGAUCCAUGAUUUGGCUCUACGGGCCGACUACGAACAGGCCAGCUCGGGAAAAGACUACUAUUAUGAUAUUGACGCCACUGAACAUCUUCAGACCUUCAUUUCUGACUGUGACCGGCGGACUGAACUGGCUAAACAACGUCUAGCUGAAACCCAAGAAGAACUUUCAGCCGAGGUUGCAGCAAAAGCCAACAAAGUACAUGAGCUGGCAGAGCAAAUUGGCAAGCAGCUUGCCAAAGCUGAGCAAAUGGGUGCCGAAGGUUUCGUGGAGGAGAGCAUGAAGUUGAUGGAGGAAGUCGAAGAUUUGCGCAAAAAGAAACUGGCUGCCGAGCAGGAGUACCGCAACUCUAUGCCUGCCUCGAGCUACCAGCAGCAAAAGUUGCGAGUGUGCGAGGUGUGCUCUGCAUAUUUGGGCAUCCAUGACAAUGACCGCCGCCUCGCUGAUCACUUUGGUGGCAAACUCCACUUGGGAUUUAUUAAAAUUCGAGAAAAGCUUUCGGAGUUACAGGAAACUAUGGAAGAACGGCGACAGAAGAAAAAAGAUGACCGGGAUAAGGAGAGAGAGGAUAGAGAUAUUGACCGCGGCGAUCGUGGAAUAAGCAGGGACAAUGACCGGCCUGCUCGAUUCACCAGGCGGUCCAAAAGCCGAGAAAGGUCUCGUCGCAAGUCUAAGACUCGUUCCCGUUCUCGAAGCCACGAGAGAAAGCGCAGGUCUCGUAGCCGCAGCAGGGACAGGAAGCGCAGAUCCCGUUCUAGGGACAGACGCCGCUCUAGGUCAAAUGACCGUCGCAGGCGAGACAAGGACCGUUAUAAUGGCAAGCACUAAAUUCUUCCAACUGACAAGAGAUAUCAUUCAGUUUGCAUUUUGAUUUGUAACAGUUCCCAGUUUAAAGUGUGAAUUUUUUGUAAGUAUCAUAAAAAUUGUCUUCUAGCUGAAGUCUGCAGCAUGACGAGUUGUUCCAAUGUCAGUCAAAAUGCACAUUGUGUUUAUUUAGUUUGUAUAAAAUGUAUCUUGCAUCUGAAUAAAUAAUCAAGCCAAAUCUUA